CCCGGGUUCAUGCUAUGUCAAGCAUGAUUUCGCUGUUUGGGGGCCGUGCCUCAGAGACCCAUUAAUGAGCACACAAACUGGCAUUUGACAGAUUUUUUAAUUAAACCAUACAAAUUGCGAUUCUUCACGCUUUUCGCCACACGAAACAGUGCGGAUAUUAUUGCUGGCCCACAUGGCCCGUAGGCCACAUUGAAGCUCCUCCCGCUCCUUUUCUGCGCGAACAUAAAAAAAAAUGGCAUUCCAGUUAGCGAUAAGCGAGUAAUCUCGGCAAGAAAACGAAUGAAAUGCCAACGUUAUCGGCUAUCUGGCAGCUGGCAGCUCCCGCGUAAAUGCAAUUUAAGGAGCGGGGCAAAAAGAAAUUUGCAUAGGCGCCGAGCUAAUGAAUUUCUGCUGCCUGCUUACAUAAUUAUCGGCGGCACCAUUAUGGCCUAAACCUGGACCUCGUGCUCCAAGUCCAAGUGCUCCUUUCACUUUUGUGCGAAUGCGCCUGCCUAAUUAUUCCUGCCCGGCCGUGUCCACAUCCAUUGUUACCCCUGUGAUUUCGCACAUAAUUAAACUGCACAAAACGUACUUAAAUUAAUAGUUUUAUUGUUUUGUCUUCUCCUGAGUUGGAGUCUGAGUCGAAGCGGAGUCAUGCGGAAGCGGCGCCCUACCAAAAAUGGGCAGCGGAAACCUGCCACAAAAAAUCCAGAAGUGAAAAGGGGUUAUUACCACCAGCAGCAAUAAAUAAAGAAGAAGUCAGAGACCACCUUCAUUUCACUUUCUUGACAAAUCGCACAAGCGAAUAAAAAGAUUAUUUAAUCUGCUUCCUAAACAUAAAAAUUGUAAAUUUCAAUAGAGUGUAAAACUUCUUCAGAGUGGUGUAUAAAUUGCAUAUUUUACGAUUUUAAAUAUACAAAGAACCCAAGAAAGAAACCUGAAAUACAUUUUUAAUUUGGCAUUCAUUCGGAUGACUUCAUUUAAAGAUUCUCUACUACACCAAACCGCGUUCAAACGACAAGGAUUACAAAUUGCAAAUUUAACAUUUGACCUAUUUUAUAAAUUUAAACAAAAAUGGCAAAACGAAAAACUGGUUUUUAGAUCCACAUCGGUUAUCAAGAGGUCGAAAGGUGACUUGAAAGAAUAAGUUCCUUUCAGUCAAUUCGCGUUCUUCGACUCGAGCGGUUACCAAAAUGUAUCAGAGGUCACUAGAGCUAGCCAUUUGUGCGGCACUACUACUGCUCGGAUCAGGAAGUGAAGGACGUGAAAGGGAUCCUUCGUGGUCAGGAUACUACAAGGACAAUGGAACUCAUUACUUGCUGUACGAAAAGACUCAGGAUAUCGCUUCAACACCAAACUUUGGAAAUAUAUCCUCGAAUCCUUUUAUCAACGCCUUGGAAGCCCAGGAGAGUUUUCCAACGAGAAUCGUCAAUGGCAAAAGGAUUGCGUGCACAGAAGCUCCCUUUCAGGGAUCCCUGCACUACGAAGGAUAUUUUGUUUGCGGCUGUGUGAUCAUCAAUAGAAUUUGGGUCCUCACUGCCCACCACUGCUUCUUUGGACCACCAGGAAAGUACACCGUGCGAGUGGGAUCGGAUGAACAGCGACGCGGUGGUCAGCUGCGCCAUGUGAGUAAGAUCGUGGCAUUGGGGUCAUAUGAUGAGUACACCAUGCGACACGACCUGGCCAUGAUGAAACUGAGAUCGCCGGUCUACUUUGGCAAAUGUGUUAGGCCUGUGAAACUGCCCUCCACCAAAAUUACGACAUUUCCCAAAAAGUUCGUAGUUAGCGGAUGGGGUCUUACCUCGGCGAGUGCCCAAAAUGUCCAACGCUAUCUGCGUCGCGUGCAACUCGACUAUGUGAAACGGUCAAAGUGCAAGAAUAUGUACAAAAAAGCCGGACUCCAAAUAUACAAGGAUAUGAUCUGCGCCAGUCGAACAAGCAAGGAUAGCUGUUCCGGAGAUUCUGGUGGUCCGUUGACCAGCAGCGGUGUCCUUUUUGGCAUCGUGUCCUGGGGCAUUGGCUGCGCCAACAAAAACUAUCCCGGUGUUUAUGUCAACUGCAAGCGAUACGUGCCUUGGAUUAAAAAGGUCAUACACAAUUAUUAAUAUAAAUUAAACUGUAUUAUACUUA